GAAAGGAUGAAUAUGAAAUCCAUUUUUGGGGAGGGGGACGGUGCAUGAGUGUGAGUGCAUGGUACCUUGGUGCAAUGAAUACAAUUUUCCGAGAUUUGAUCCACAGACAACAAAAUAGAGUCGUUCAAACUGCUCCCCGAUCGAUGCAACAAGUUCCGUCUUUGUCUGCUCUAACGCUGAAAUUCCCACAUUUGGAUAAACAUUGCCCACGUUCAGGAAGCUGAAACAUCUCCACUCCUUCAAUCUAUGCAUGGAUUAAUGUAUAUAUAUCCAUUCUCUCACACUCCCCACUUUGCCGCCAAAAGAGCACAGAACUGCUCGCUUUACUGAAUGAACAUGGACGGCUUAUUUGAGCUUUUGCAAAAUACAGCGAUUGGGUAUGCAAUCUUUGAUCUUUUAAUGUAUUCUACGCCGCUCUGGUUAGCGGUUGUGGUCGGAUUGUUGGCGGGUUGGGCGUGGAAGCCUAAUUGGGCUAACUUGGAUGGUGCUGCGAAAUGGGUUUCCUCGAUAAUGCCGUCGUCUUCGUUUCCGUCGUUUUCUGGGAUUAGCUUCCCGUUGGAGUUAGGUUCAGUUCAGAAUUUGACUUCUGUGAAUUUUCAAUUGCCAAGCUUAAUUACUUGGACUCAUGAGGAAGAAGCUCCGGAAGUCACCCCUGUUCAGAGAGCAUUGCAGCCAAGUGUAGCAAAACCUUACAUAUUAACUGAGAAAGACCUUCUUGAAUUACACCAAUUGCUUGAAGAAGAGAUUGAUGGACCUUGUUGGAUUAAGGUGUUGGAACGGUCUGAUACCAACAUAAGGUUCAAAGGUCAUCGUAGGAACUCUAAGAAGGGCCACUUGAUGUAUAGAACCAUAACUGUACACGAGAAUAUUACACCCGAAAUCCUCAGGGAUUUCUAUUGGGAUGAUGAGUUCAGAUCGAACUGGGAUGCAAUGCAUUUCAAAUCCGAUCUCUUGGAGGAGUGUAAAGAGACUGGAGCUAUGCUAGUUCACUGGAUUCGCAAAUUCCCCGUUGUCGCUUGUUAUAGAGAUUACACAAUCGCUCGUCGGAUUUGGCAGUUGCGCGAUUCGUAUUAUUGCAUAUGCAAGGGUGUGCCUUGUUCUUAUAUCACCAGAAGAGAAAAGGCGAAGAAAGUUGAUGAAUUUUGGUCAUGUUGGCGUAUUCAACCUGCUAAAUCAGAAAGAGAUGGGCAUUUUAGUGCAAGUGAGAUCACACUGUUCCAUUAUGAGGAUAUGGGAAUGCCAAGGGGGAUCGCAAAGUUUGGAGUUGAGAAUGGCAUGUGGGGAACUGUAAAGAGGAUUGACCCCGGGCUGCGAGCUUAUCUCAAGUACAGAGCAUCUGAUCCCCCUCUUUCCCGAUAUGUUCUGCUGGCUCGUAUUAACACCAAGCUUACAAGCCUUCCUCACACUUCGCUUCAAUUCCUCGAGAAACAAGGUGGUUGCACUAGUAGUUCUUCAUCUGAAGUGGAAACUAAUAAAUGUUCCUCCCAAAAUAAACCAGCUGCUGCAGCAUCACCAGAUGUUAUGAUUUCAAAGUGGGUCAUCUGCGUUGGAGCUUUAGCCCUUGCUUGUAGCUUCGAUCGGGGAUUCUUGAUGAAGGCUCUCAUAUUUGGGAUUCCGAGAAGGUUUGUGCGCCGGAAAUGAAGGAUUGCGUGUUGAUCAAUUCGAUGUAGCUGACAUGUUUGCAUUUCCAUGCAGAAUUGAAGGAUCGCCUUUUAUAGAACCUUAAUUAAUAAAAAUGUAUCCAGCCAGUGUGUAGGCUUAAGUAAUAGUCUGUUUCCUCAGUCCAGUUCCUGACUGAAAAGCUUAUGCACUGGCUUAUACUACUUCUACAUACAUUUCCCCUUGGUAAAAGAGCAUACAUAACAUUUGGUCACCUUCUCAAUUAACGAUGAUUAUGUGAACGGUUUCAUCAUUAGCAACUUAAUAAGAAAUCUCAUUAGGAUUAUCAAAA